AGUGCUCGUUCAGACCUCGUGGUGCGCGGUGCGCGGUUAUCUCGGUCUGCAAAACAACAAACAUUUCAAAAAAAAUAAUUUUCAGCCUGCCCUCCUCUUUCUGUUCAGAGAAACAUUUCCGAAAAAUUCCGCCCGCAUUAAACAUUUUAAAAACUAUUACGUUCCUCGCAUCCACUGCCCAGCGUUGAGCAGUGUAAGGGCGGUGACCCGGAAUGUCACUGGGCAGGGGGGGUGGCGGGGGCGCCGGCCCAUCCACGGGUGAGACGCUUCGCGCGUGGCUGCUGUCCGCCCUGGUGGUGCACGGCGCCGUCGCCGGCAACCCCGACGCCAAGCGGCUCUACGAUGACCUCCUCUCCAACUACAACAAGCUGGUGCGACCCGUCGUCAACACCACCGAUGUCCUGCGCGUCUGCAUCAAACUCAAACUCUCCCAGCUCAUCGAUGUCAACCUGAAGAACCAGAUAAUGACAACGAAUCUCUGGGUGGAGCAGUCGUGGUAUGAUUACAAGCUGCGGUGGGAGCCCAAAGAAUACGGUGGGGUUCAAAUGCUUCAUGUGCCUUCAGAUCAUAUUUGGAGACCCGACAUUGUACUUUACAAUAACGCUGACGGAAACUUCGAAGUGACGCUAGCGACGAAGGCGACCAUCUACUAUCAGGGCCUGGUCGAGUGGAAGCCACCCGCCAUUUACAAAUCGUCCUGUGAGAUUGAUGUUGAGUAUUUUCCUUUUGAUGAGCAGACGUGCGUUUUGAAAUUUGGUAGCUGGACCUACGACGGCUUCAAGGUUGACCUGAGGCAUAUGGACGAGAAGCAGGGCUCCAAUGUGGUGGAGGUCGGAGUUGAUCUGUCUGAGUUCUACAUGUCUGUUGAAUGGGACAUACUCGAAGUUCCGGCUGUGAGAAACGAGCGAUUCUACACGUGUUGUGAUGAGCCUUACCUGGACAUCACGUUCAAUAUCACGAUGCGUCGUAAGACACUGUUCUACACAGUCAACAUCAUCAUUCCCUGCAUGGGAAUCUCAUUCCUCACCGUCCUAACAUUUUACUUGCCUUCAGACAGCGGCGAAAAGGUGACACUGUCAAUAUCAAUCCUCAUUAGUCUUCACGUGUUCUUCCUCCUCGUCGUGGAAAUCAUACCUCCUACUUCAUUAGUUGUUCCUCUACUGGGCAAAUAUCUUAUAUUUGCUAUGAUAUUAGUAUCGAUAAGUAUAUGCGUUACGGUGGUCGUCCUGAACGUGCACUUCCGAUCACCGCAAACGCACAGAAUGGCGCCUUGGGUGAAGAGGGUCUUCAUUCACAUACUACCGCGGCUACUCGUCAUGCGGAGGCCUCAAUACCAGUUCGAGACAAAUAGAUUUAACACAAGUUUAAUGCGCACAAUGAGGACUGGAGGGGGCAAGGAGACGCAGAGCUGUUUCUACCCGUUCCAGACGAGUCAGAGUGAAGACGAGCUGGUGCACUCCAAGCACAAUGUGCUGCCAAGGUCAAGGACCAUCUCCAAGGAGGAUCUCUCACCUGGCAGCCUGGGCGGGCCGUUUGGCGGCAGUUGUCAGAUCCACGGGCCGGUGGCCCAGCAUGCAACAGUUGGCAGCCUGCUGUCUUCGGCGGCAGACGGCGACGAUGCAGAGUCUGAAGAGAUGACGUUGUCAGCCCUGACGGCGUCGCAGCACGAUGACGUCAUCAUUAAGAGUCCCGUCCUGCACAAUCCCGCCUUCUCACACUCCGGCUGUCCGCCUAUCAUGCACAAGUCUUGCUUCUGUGUGCGCUUCAUCGCCGAGCACACCAAAAUGCAGGAGGACUCCACCAAGGUAAAAGAAGACUGGAAGUAUGUGGCGAUGGUGUUGGACCGCCUGUUCCUGUGGAUCUUCACCCUGGCGGUGCUGGUUGGAACUGCGGGCAUCAUCCUGCAAGCGCCCACAUUAUACGACGACAGAAUACCCAUCGACAAAAAAUUCGCCGAUUUCGCAUCAGCAACCGUAGUGCGUUGCCCUCCUCCACAGUAGGCCUCCACAAUCUAAAACACGCACAAAACCAGUUGAACUGUUCCACAGUUGAACAAAAAACUCAGUUCGUACGUCCUUUCAAUUCAGCCAGCGUAAUCUGGAGAUUGAAUGAAUAAUUGAAUAAAUAAACUAGCCGUGUAUUUUCAGAACGGCCAAACCUUAUAAAUGUGACAUAAAACAGUAUUACAAUAUAUUAAUAAUAAGAAAACGUUUUAAAGCUAUUAUUAUACACACAAUAAAAAUCUGAAAGUUUAUCACGAUGAAUGGUUGUUGAAAAAUAAUGUUAACGUUUUUAUUGUGAAUGCAAUAAGUAAAUUAGGUAGGUGAUAGAUGAGUUGGGAGAUGAUUAAUUUCAGUUACCAAUAUUGUAUAAGUCGAAAGACUUUGACAUUUUUAAUGAGGACCACUGUUGUGAAAAUAUUGAAUAAAUUAUUAUAUUGUAUAGCUUUGAAAAGUUUGUAUGCAAGUAGAGAACUGAAUGUUGAUUGGAAACUGAUAAAAAUAUCCAAUGAGCUGAAAAUGUAUUUAUUAGGCAGUAUUACCAUUUCACCCAUGUGAUGUGUAUGGUAUAUUAUGUAUUACUUUCAAUCAUGACAAAAUUGAAUACCUUACUAAAUUUACAAUAUCGUCCAAUACUCAUCUUUCAGGAUAGUUUUAUCAAACUAUUAUUGGAUGGAAAAUCAUAUAAUUAGUGCCGCCGUAUCAAAGAUGUUGGUCAAGGUAACUUACAUGAUUCUACAUUUCCUUCUCAAGCCCACAUUGAAUUGGAUCUAUAUGAAUGCAUUUCUAAAUUAUUAUAUAAUUCGUUCAUUUUUAUAUCACUGCAUUAUUAUGGUUUCAUUCUUAUAUUUUUUCUCCAUAUUUUUUCUAUAUAAAUAUUGUAUUCCAAUAGUAAAACCGCCUCCAGAUCGUGAAGUGAUAAUAUAUUGUACGGUAGCUUCAAUACUUUCAGCACAAGCUUCUUCCUAUUGUUCAACUAUUUGUUGAAUUCUAUGCUAGAUUAUACUUGAAUAUUUAUUGUAUUUUCGGAAACUAAAAAAGAGCAAAUGGAAAUAUUGAGAGUACAGUAUAUUGAAUUAUUGUGUUGAUGAUUUCUCUUGUACCGUAUUGAUCAAGCUUUUUACUCACUUUUGUGAUAAAGUUGUUCAAAACAGUCACUUCGUUGGAACAUUCAUUUAUUUACAUAGUGAUAAUUCAUCUUGGAGUAGGAUUUAUGUGGAUUAUUAUUUAAUUUGGAUUUCCUAUAAUUAUCAUAUCUUUGAAACUGACACUGUAUUUUUGAUAAUUUUGAUCUAUUAUCCUUUUUUUGAACACUUUCAGAAUAUCUUGGUUAGUUCAACAUGAUAAAUAAGGAGUCUACCAUUUUUUUUUUAAUUGAUAAUUUCAUAUAAGGGUCAAACGAUAUUCAUUUCACAUUCUUUUAUUGAUUCAAUGAUACACUACCGGUAUUAUUUUUCAAAAUAAUUUGCUGGAGGAUCAACAGGCACAGCCCAAAACUGUUCCUCCCCCGAAUUUCGAUUCAUUAAAAUACGGUAGUCCAUGAAAUGGGAUACAGAAGAUAUUUCCAAGAUACUAGGCUACUAUAUUGAUGCUCGUUGAUAAUUUACAUAAGAAAUGAAAAAAAAUUUCAGUUUUUAUUGCUCAAUAGAAUGUAACUUGUAAUUGGAGAUUGAAGUGUAAAAUAUUGCUUAAUAUGAUGUUACUAUUAACAUAAUAAUUGAUAAAAUUAUAAUAUGGAUAUAAUAUAUAUAUUGUAUACUGUUAUUGUAUGGAAUUGAUGCGAAAAAAGAUAUAUCUCAAAUAAAAUAUGAAUGUUUCGUUGUUUAGUAUUUUUACAUGACCAUUCUGAUUGUGUGAUGCAUAAUAAAAGGUACUCGUAGUUGUAUGGUAUCAACUGAAACGUAUCAAUCAUUGCAUUGAUUUUUGACAAUUGAUUGAUUGAACUCAACUAAACCUCUAAAUCUCAUCCAUAUUUCACAAUUAUUCUCAUCUGCAUUAUUUUUCCAAGACUUGAGUUGAUUUUUUCAAAUAUUCUGAUUCUCAUUCAAUUGAAUUUUUCCUUGAAAGAAGUGAUCAUCUUGAUGGAUUUAUGCAAUAUUUUAAUGUUUUUUCCAUACAAUAUUAUAUUAUAAUGUCCAUCGUUAAUGAGUUAAUGUACCCUACCUACAAAUUCCCCUCUACAGUUAGGCCUAUGUCUCCAUUCAAAUACUUACAACUGUGAAUGAAUUUUUCCAGAAUUUAUCUUUCUGAUUAAAAGUUGAUAAUUUUUCAGAUCACACAUGAAAAUAAUUUCGCCUGGAAAUCCAGAAUGUGGAGCAUAGGGGUCAAAUAGCAGAAUGAUUCCAAUAAUCAAGCUCAACAAUAUAAAGGCCGAUAAAUAUUAAUACAUUAUUCACUCCAAAUUACAGCAUAUAUUUCACUACAAACACAUGUUUUCAUUUUUUAUUGGAAAUUUAUUUUUGACGUUAAUUCCAUAAUAAGUUACUUGGUGCAUCUUGAGUCAACUGAAAUUAUUGAAUAAACAAAUUAAACUUUCAGUUCUACAACACCAAAACCAUCAAUGAACCGGAAACUUCAAUGCCAUCAGUAUCGUAUUUCUGAAAAAUGUGUACCACAGUAUUGUCGAGCUACUGUAGAAUCGUGCUCUAAAAGUGAUGAAACUUGGAUUUUUGUCAACUCUAUCACUACUUAGAACACUGUCGGUAUUUUUUGUAAUACUAGCUUUUACAUAAUUUUGCUACUUUUGGCAUCCAAGAAUAUUUCCAUGAAAAGCUACAAUAUUUUGUGAUAGAAAAUAAAUUUAUAAUGUACCGUAUUUCUAUUGUGCAAUUUUGAAGUGUGUGAAUGGUUCAUUUUCAUGUUGAGAUACUCAAUUUAUGAAUUACUAAAACUGUUGAAUGGUGUGUUUAGUUUGCAGAAGAAGUCUUGAUAAUUCGUAUCGCAUUUUAGUUGUUGUAAGCUCUUCUAAAUAAUAUCAAACUGUUCAUCCUCUCAUCAAUUUGCCAUACCUGAUAUAAGGGAACUUCAUUUAAUGAAGGAUUCAAUUAAUCCACUAAUAGAAGUUUAUAUUACCUUAUUAUUGAAUAUUCUAUCAUAUUCAUUUUUGUAACUGUAUUCCAAGAUACUCUAGCAUUGAAUGCACAUACAGUCAAUCAAUUUGAUGGAUGAUGUUACAUGCUGAUGUAUAAGUGAAUGAGGUUUAGAAGAUUUCAAUCUUACAAAAAAAUGUGUUCCACAGAGCAUUAAUUUGAUAGUACGCCUCAAGGUCGGUAGAUAAUCAACAUACUAUGAGUGCACCCAACUCUAAUGACAAAAAAAAAUGCCGAGAGAUUUAUAGAAUUCUUCCGAUUCAAUUACUUCUUAUUCCAUAUCCAUUCUAAACAUUCUGAAUUGAAUUUGUGGUGAUUUCAGACUAAAAAUUCAAAUUUAAUAAAUUUUUUUCAAUAAUAAAAAGCUUUUUUCACGUGACUGUUUUCCUCAUACCGGGGUCUCUGAAUGAACUUUUUUAUUUUCCUAAGAAUACUAAAACGGAUUUAAACUAUCAUCUAUUGUUUUCAUGAUGAUAACAUUUUCAAAGAAUUAUCAAGACUCUUUUGAUUCAAUAAAAAAGCUUGAUAAAGAUCUAGUGAAUAGCAAAUGGUAGGUACAGUAAACUUUUACAGGAAUAGGAAAUAAAAUUUAAGUGUUAAAAAUGUUUCUAUUUCUAAUCAUGAAAAUAAAAAUAAUAUAUUAAUCAUAUGCGUCAUAACGAAUAAGCACAUAAAUGUUGAAUUUAAUAAAGGAAGUUGAUAAAAUUAUUGUCUAAAAAAACAAUAUUUAAAGGAUUGUACUGAAUGUUAUUUAUGGAAGCUGAGAGCACAACUCAAUUAUAUGGCAGAGUUCUAUUGUUUGAAAUUGUAGAUGAAAUAAAGGAAAAAUAAAAUGUUGGAAUAUUUAAUAUAUUAUGGAA